AUGGCGGGGCGGCGGCGGGCGCUGCUGCUGCGCUGCCUCUUGCUGGGGCUGCUGGGCGGCAGCUGCGGCGGGCAGCCCGGCGGGGGCGAGUACUGCCACGGCUGGGUGGACGCGCAGGGCGGCUACCACGAGGGCUUCCAGUGCCCCGAGGGCUUCGACACGGCGGCCGCCACCAUCUGCUGCGGCUCCUGCGCGCUGCGGUACUGCUGCGCUGCCGCCGAGGCACGCCUGGAGCAGGGCGGCUGCACCAACGACCGGGAGCCCCCCGACCCGGGAGUCACCGCCCAACCAAUCUACAUUCCAUUCCUCAUUGUUGGAUCGAUAUUUAUUGCCUUCAUUAUCGUAGGCUCUCUGGUAGCAGUUUAUUGUUGCACAUGUUUAAGACCUAAACAGCCAUCGCAGCCGAUACGAUUUUCUCUGAGGAGCUAUCAGACCGAGACUCUUCCCAUGAUCCUGGCCUCGACGAGCUUCAGGACGCCAUCGAGGCAGUCCAGUACUGCAACAAGUUCCAGUUCAACUGGCGGAUCGGUGCGCCGGUUCUCCUUUCCCCGGGCAGAGCCAGGGUGCCUUGUGGCAUCGCCACCUCCGCCGUACACAUCUGGCUGCUUCCAGACAGCCCACACGGUGCACCUGACCCAGCCGUCGGGAUUUGUGGUGUCGCCACCGUACUUUGGGUAUCCUCUUCAACCAGAGCCUGCCCUGGCUGGGAAGAGCUGCUCUGAUUUCAGUCAGAGCUGA